UCGAUUCCGUGCAACACAUCCAAACAUGUAAGCUGAACAAUAGUGUGGGGGGUGAGUAAUCAAGAGUUGCAUGGCACUCAAACAAAAGACGAAUCAACGAGAUUUGAAAAUCGCGUAACUCUGGGUCCACAUAAGUCGGGAUAGCAUAAGUUGAGGUAUUACUGUACUGUAUAUUUAAUCAAUAUGGCACUGAAGAAAGAGAAAAGUGACAGUGGAAAUAGAAAACGUUUUAGUGUGACAUCAGAGAAAGAAAUUAUUGCAAAAUACGAGAAUGGCAUUCAUGUUUCUGACAUCGCUAAAGAAUAUAAUGUGGCAAAAUCGACUAUAUCUACAAUUAUUAAAAACAAAAAAGCAUUUAAGGCUGCCGAAGUGGCUAAAGGAGUGAAUGUAAUAUUGAAACAAAGAUUUAAAGUUUUAGAUGAAGUUGAAAAACUAUUGCUAAUAUGGAUCAAUGAAAAGCAACUUACUGGAGACAGUGUUAGUGAAGCUAUAAUUUGUGGAAAGGCUAAAAAUUUAUACAAUGACUUGUUGACCCAGACACCCGGUAUAAGUGCAGACAGGCAGGACUUUAAAGCAAGCUGAGGGUGGUUUGAUAGGUUUCGUCAACAAACUGGCAUUCACAGUGUCAUAAGACACGGGGAGGCUUCGAGGUCAGAUGAAAAAGCAGCAAAAGCAUUUGUAGAUGAAUUCGCAGAGUGUGUAAAAAGUGAAGGAUACGUCUGGAAUCAAGUGUUUAAUUGCAAUGAGACCGGUCUUUUUUGGAAAAGAAUGCCUAGACAAACGUACAUAACCCAAGAAGAGAAAGCACUUCCUGGGCACAAGCCCAUGAAGGAUAGACUCACUCUUUUAUUUUGCACUAAUGCAAGUGGUGACCUCAAAAUUAAGCCACUUUUAGUCUACAAUGCUGAAAAUCUCCAUGCCUUUAAGAGCAAAAAUGUGAUAAAGUCCAAACUGCCUGUAUAAUGGAAGGCAAAUAGUAAGGCUGGGCAACUCGGACUUUAUUCAUGGAUUGGCUCACAGAAGUGUUUGAUCCUACUGUUAAAAAUUAUCUUCAGGAAAUGGAUCUUCCUCUUAGAUGUCUUCUCUUAAUGGAUAAUGCUCCAGCACAUCCACCAAAUUUGGAGGACAAUUUGGAUAGUGAACAUGACUUCAUUUAGGUCAAAUUCCUUCAAACCAACACAACUCUAUUACUGCAACUAAUGGAUCAGCAAGUGAUUUUCAAUUUUAAAAAGCUGUAUACCAAGGUACUGUUUACCAUGUGUUUUCAGGUUACCAAUGAUACCAACUUAACUCUCAGAGCUUUUUGGAAGGAGCAUUUUAACAUCCUGCAUUGUAUCAACCUUACUGACAAAGCCUGGAGUGAGGUCUCUCACCACACUUUACAAUCAUCCUGGAGGAAACUUUGGCCAACUUGUGUCCCAGAGCGAAACUUUCAAGAAUUUGAAGAAGAGAGCUCUUCUGAUG